GAGAUGUGUUGAAGUAUUGUACAACUCUGUGUGCCAGACCACACAUGUCCUUCCGUACUCCAGUUCACCAACAGCCGUGUGAGCCGGUGUAUCAGAUCUAUAGGAGACAUCCAGGUUGUAAGAGUUAAUAUUUAGGUCCGGCUUCGAGGAUAUUUCCCACCCAAAGCACGGAUCAUAUUCUGGGACGGAAAGGCGGCUUUCCUCGUGAGCGGCUGGGAGGUAUCACCGUGACCAUCGAGAAAGGGAGAUCAUUAGCUCUCUCCAAAAACAACGCUACGGUUUCAUCUCCGCAGGAACUGAAGAAGUACUCAGCAACAUUCGCAGCUCACACAGAGUACACCCUGUUCCUGGACAUUUGUCAACCUUUCCAAAGUGUAUGACGACAUUUCAUAAGAGGUAAGAACCUUCAGACUGGUUUACACAAUUACAGGAAGCCACGGACCAGUCGAGUCAUGUCGACGGGAACGGCUAGCGACGUCGACCCGGAGGAGUGUAUGGACGUAGAGACGGUCGACGUGGACUCUGGAAACGAGAGCGUUGAAACCGAAAGCUCGACCCAGGAAGGUUCCCACGAUUCUCAGGAGCCCGAUGGAACCGGCACCACCAAGAAAGGCCGGCGGCGGAAGCGAGGCAAGCGGGGGAAGGAGGAACAGCCGCCGAAGGUGAGGACAGCGGCGAACCUACGGGAAAGGACGCGGAUGCGUGUCUUGAGUAAGGCGUUCGUCCGUCUAAAGACCACGUUGCCGUGGGUUCCUGCCGACACCAAGCUGUCCAAGCUGGAUACACUUCGACUCGCCUCUUCGUAUAUAGGGCAUCUCAGCAAAGUCUUACAGGACGACGAAGUGAAAGACACGGCUUUUCAUCCUGUCAGUUUGACAUGGCCUUUCGCGAUCAACGCCAAACUGCAGGAUCCAACAUCGCCGGAUCCGGAGAUAGGAACACUCGGGCCGCCGCAAACGGUGGACUCAAGAACUGAGGUCGCUUCUGUCUCGUCCUGAACUAAAACUCUCAGUAGAAAUAGCCAUCUUUCGGGAGACAGCCCAGCGGGCAGGAAUGAGAUGACUGUUAUCAAGAGGAAAGAUUCGUCCCAGUCCCUGCUCUCACCCGCUCGAUUUUUUUAGUCUUGUACAGGACAGAGCAGAUUCAGACUGACAUUUUGGUGUUAGAAGAAUUAUUCCUGCCCUUACUUCAACGUAUUCCGUCCAGGAACGAGGAAAUUGUGAGUUUUUUUGCUGAGAAAAAAUAAUAUCUUGAUAUAUCUAGUAUCAGAUGUACGAAAUGACGAGAGACGAAGCUCUAUGUGUGGGGCGGUAAUCAUUUUAAAGAUGUACAGUGAACGUUUGUACCUUUGUUUUAGUAUGUUGGUAAUCGAUCCGAAAUCUAUAGCUUAUCUACAUGUACAUACAAACCAUAUUCAGAACAAUGUCCGUCUUGUUCCAAGUGCUAUACUAUAUUAGUCUGCACUUUUUCGGAUGUUAAGAAAUAACCGUGUUUGUUUUUGUUGGCCCUGCGCUCUGUAAGGUUGGUAAUCUACAGGGUAUCGCAUUGCUGAAUAAAAAAUCGUGCUGUCAGAAACAACAACAAGUUCGUUAUUGAUUGAAAAUGGAAAUAUGCCGUCAGAUCGCCAGGAUAUGAUUCUUUGUACAGAAUGUUUAAUUGAAUUCGUAUUCGCUCUUCUUUGAAGAAAUUCGUUGGCAAUUCCUCGGAGAAACCCAUUUCUUAUAGCAAAGUAGAUUUAAACGGUCAGCGUGGCGAAGGGGAUGUGCCUCUCAGUCAGUUUAGCGGAGCCCCAUACUCAAUCUCCAACUGUUGAUCUAAUAGGGUGGAGUAUGGGAUCAUCUGUUAAAUAAUUAGGAUGGCACCAAGGUUAUAGUAAAGGAGA